AUGACUGGUGAUAAAAUACAGAGCAUUAUGAAAAUGCAGCAUUCUGCAACACAUGGAAAUGAUCCUUAUGUGGAUGUGGAUGAUUAUUAUCACCAGGCUCGGUUAACAAAGAAAGCAGCUGAAACAAGAUCAACACAUCGAUUCUGUCCAAAUAAGGAGCAAUCAUCACGGCCUCGUGUUCUUCUUGAAUUUGAUCCACCGGGUCUUGUUUCCAGUGAUGGAAGUGGUGAGCAUAAGUUUAGUCAGCCCCAGGAUGGUGGUGCUCAGCUCAGGCAGAAACGGCAGAUCCUCUUAGAAAGUAUGACAGCCUCGCUUCAACUUGUUGACCCUCUUGGCAAAAGUGGCAGUUCUGUAGGGCUUACCCCUAAAGAUGACAUUACGGAAGCAGCGGAGACCAUUACUAAUCUUGCAAAAACAGUCGCGGGAUGCAUCAGUGGCAUGGACCUCAAUUCUCUUAGUGCUUGUCUAGCUGCUAUUGUUUGUUCGUCAGAACAACCUCCUCUUUGCCCGCUUGGAAGCCCUGCUGGAGAUGGAGCCUAUGUUAUUUUAAAGUCUGUUCUUGAAAGGCCAUCUCAUCUGUUAACAGAUCCUCAGGCUGGUGGCAGCUUCAGCAUGCCUAAUCCUGCCCUUUGGCAGUCAUCUUUUGAUGCCGUCUUUGGUCUACUUACCAAGUAUUGUCUGAGUAAGUACGAAAGUAUAAUUCAAUCUAUACUUGCACAGACUACAUCAAACACUGAGGUGAUUGGUCCAGAGGCUGUAAGAGCCGUAAGUAGAGAAAUGCCUAUGGAGCUUCUACGUGCGAGUCUGCCACACACAAAUAAGCAACAAAGGAAGCUGUUGUUCAAUUUUGCUCAAUGA